AUGGAGCUGCUUGCAUUACUUUGUACCGCCGUUAUCUUCGUUCUGGAAAUUGUUGUAGCUUCAGGCUCGAACAAUAUAUACAAGGAUGUAUUUCAAAAUUAUGCCAAAGAAUUAGUUCCAACGUGGAAUGCACCAACACCUCUGAAACUUAGCUUCAGUGCUGCACCAUCAACCAUAGUGUCGUUUACGGAACUGGAAGAGAAACUAACACUGACAAUGAGUGUAACAGUAAAUUGGACUGACCAUAGGCUAGGGUGGAAUCCAACCUUAUAUAACAAUACAUAUACACUAACAAUUCCGCCACAUGAUAUUUGGCUCCCGUAUCUGUACCUUGCUAAUAGUGUGAACGAUGUGAAACCAAUCGGACAGGAGGCAGACUUCUAUGUGAUACUGGUAGCAGAUGGGUCGGUUUACUGGACCCCUGGUGGUGUUUUUGAGGCACAGUGUACGCCUGAUGUAUCUAAAUUUCCAUUCGAUACACAAUUAUGUUUAUUUUUUUUCACUAUGUGGGGUAUCCUUCCUGCAGAUGUGGAAUUUAAUGUUUAUUCUAAAGUUCCAAAUCUAAGUUACUUUGCUGCGAAUUCUGACUGGACUGUUGUCGAUACAUUUCAGAAUGCUUCUCUAAUUGGAACAGGUUCCUCUGCAUUUGUUAUGGGGAUUUCUAUCAAACGUAAACCGAUUUAUUAUGUAGUAACCGUCAUACUACCUACAUUAUUGUUUUGUCUGAUGAAUCCACUUAUGUUCUGUCUCCCUGUAGAAUCAGGAGAACGAAUUUCAUUGGGUAUGACAAUUCUACUGGCUUACGCUAUAUUUCUCACGAUAGUAUCGGCUUCUAUCCCAGCAAAGUCGGACCCGUUGUGUACUAUUCUUUUAGUUCUGGUUUGUAUCAUGAUGGUUAGUGGUGUUAUAGUAAUUUUGACUAUAAUUAGCGCAUACUAUUACUAUAUGGAAGAUGUCAGCCAUGCGAAUCCAUGUUUAAGACGUUUGACAUUACGAUUUAACCGAAAACAGAAGGACAAAAAGAAUUUGGAAGAAGACAAAGACACAAAUUCUAAUUCUCUUUCUGGUAGUAAUUUAACUGGAAAAGACUUGUCUAAAACACUGGACAUUAUUUUUUGUGUUAUUUCUUUUGUUACGUUUAUUGGAAUAUUAUCUGCGUAUUUUCUAUUUAUUUUCAUAUCAUAG